AUGCUCGGUCUCGUACACGGUCAGCCGAGCCUGAGCUUACCUGCCGUCACCGGGAGGAACAACAUCUCGGUCUUUGAAUGCUGGCAGCUUACCUCGCCGUUCAUCAAAAAAGCGGGUAUGGACGUGCUACGAAUGGACGAUAUCGCAAGUGCAUUAUAUCACAUUAUCCCGCCAAGAUUCGACAGCGGGCGACACCCGGGGCCCGCAAAGCAAUAUGUCUGGGUCAUCAGCGGCCUUAUGCAUAUGUACUUACCGAACGCCACAGAUGAAGUAGUCCUACAUGGUGGCAGAUAUGGGCUCAUGUAUAUCGACGAUACGGCGGAUAUCUCGGUUUGGGGUCACAGGACGACGUUUCCGGGAGGCGACGAAACGACUCUCCUUAUGAUUCCUGUUCGGGAUGGGAUCAACCCUCCCCAUUGGGUUUUAUAUGAUGGACCAUGCAAGAUUGGGGCGGCGCCGGUUGGUGACGGAGAAUGGAUGCCGCUGGACCUAUGA